AGGUCCCACUGCUGUAGUUCGCACAAGCAGGAGGAGAUUUGCUCGAAGAUAGACCGAAACCUGAACCCGGGCUGGUUUGUUUGCUAGCCGGUACUUCACAGCUGUCAACCUGAGUCGCAAGUAGCAGCUACUGUAAGUGGCUUCUGUGCACUAUGAAGAAUUUUUCAUUUCCUAUGCAGGAUAACACACAUCAGACCGAGAGUCCUUCUCCUCACAGAUUCCUGAGUUUGACAAAUCAGUCAGAUCCUGUUGGAAGACCAGAAAGAGAUGAGCAAUUAGCUCAAGUAGAGAUUGCUGUACUGGGGGUCAUAUUUCUGACAGCGUCUGUGGGCAAUUUUAUUCUCAUACUGGUGCUGUGGCGAAGAAGAAAGAAGCUCUCUAGGAUGUAUGUAUUCAUGCUCCACCUCAGCAUCGCUGACUUAGUGGUAGCCUUUUUUCAAGUGCUGCCUCAACUCAUAUGGGAUAUUACAGACGUUUUCAUAGGGCCAGAUUUCUUGUGCAGAAUUAUCAAGUAUCUACAAUUGCUGGGCAUGUUUGCCUCCACUUAUAUGAUAGUGGUCAUGACAGUGGACAGAUACCAAGCAGUUUGCUACCCUAUGGUCACUUUCCAAAAGAAGAGAGCUCUCUGGAACAUCCCAAUUUGCACCAGCUGGUCUAUAUCACUGAUUCUUAGCCUACCCCAGGUAUUUAUCUUUUCUAAGACUGAAAUAUCUCCAGGUAUCUUUGAGUGUUGGGGUGAAUUUAUUCAGCCGUGGGGCCCAAGGGCAUAUGUGACUUGGAUUUUUGUAGUUAUAUUCUUCAUUCCCUCAGCCAUCCUUAUCACGUGCCAGGUUAAGAUUUGCAAAAUAAUCAAACGAAAUAUAUAUGUGAAAAACCAGAAUGAAUAUGAAGUAACAAAUCAGAAGCAAGUCCUGCCAUCCCGAGCCAGCAGUGUGAACUGUAUUUCAAAGGCUAUGAUCAAGACUGUAAAAAUGACAGUGGUGACAGUUGUUGCGUAUGUUCUCUGUUGGUCACCUUUCUUCAUUGCACAGCUGUGGUCUGUGUGGUUCCCCAGUGUCAUGACUGAAGGUUCAGCAUUCACCAUUAUCAUGCUCCUUGGCAAUUUAAAUAGUUGCACCAAUCCAUGGAUUUACAUGUAUUUUUGUGGCCACAUUCCAUAUUGCACAAAUAAGCAGCUGGAGAACACCUCGGCUCAAGAGGAAUCAGUGAUCACAGGGAGCAUUCAUCUCGGAGACAGAGACCCUGAGGAAAACAGUACUUCUGCAUAA